AUGCUGCUGUUCGGUGGCCCUCAACUUCUUCGACUGUCCUGCGACAGAUGUCACAAACGAAAGCAAAGAUGCACUCGUACCUCAGCCAACGAUGAAAACCCAUGUCGGCGAUGCAAAGAAGCUGGCGAGAUGUGUGUCUUCAGUCCUCCUCUCCGCCUCGGACGACCAAGCAAACGGCAGAAGCAGGAAGGCAAACAGGAGGAAGCCAACUACAGAAGCCAGGAGAGCAGCUUUAUGGCCGUCUGCAAUCAAGAUCUAGGCUCUAUCACAACACAAUCAAUGUCCACGAACACGGCAGCAGCAGUUCAAGAGGAUAAUAUCUCCACUAUGGACACGGCUUCGAUCUUCUCCUUAGACAAUGCUGCCGAGAGAGCAGACACUCCUAUUGCAGAGCAACAAGAGCUUACUUGCACCACAAGUCCCAUGGACCACAGUGUCAUUCCCACAUCUUUCGAAGUCUGGCCGCUCAGCCUUGACCACUAUCCUGAGCCGACAACGUCAGUGGCCACGCCAGGACUUUUCAGUGGUUCAUGCAACAACUAUCAUGACGAGGCGUGGUCGGACCUCCUGAGUGACAAAGCAACCUCAGAGCCGCCGGCCUCUACACACAUGGAUCCAAUGGAUCCCUCGCUCAUGAUAGUACCAGGGCCGUCUGGUAAUGAUUCCGCAAUAGGAUCAAUAGAUCACUGUCCGUCCGAACUGGCCGACCCACCCGUCAUAGACCCAAUUUCGCUGCUGUCUCAGAUUCAGCUGAACCUCCACGGGAUUCAGAACCGAAGGCCGCCCCAAGCUGCGGAGCUCCGCAUCAUCAUGAACCAGACAGUUCAGGUUUCUCAGAAGUUCAUCGAGGUCUUGAACCAAAUAUUACCACUACGCACCGCAGAACCGAGCCCAGUAACGGCUCAUCAGCGGCAACACACGCCUUACGCACCAUCAGUCGGCGACACAGCAGUGUUAACCAAAGAAGACGCGCCACUUCACAUUGAAUGGGCUACAUAUACUAUGAAGCAGCCUAGACGGCAACAACAACAAGCUCAGCAGCAGCCGCAUUAUGCCUCCAGCGGUACAGUAGACACUGUGGAGAUUAGGCUGGCGCUCAUAUGCUACAUACAGAUCCUACGGAGCUACAAGAACCUGGUACACAUGCUGGUCAACUCAAUGGCGGCAACAGAAACGCAGCACUUUGAGCUAUCCGAUCUUGUUCCCGUACAAAUCGGGACACUACACACGGUAGUGAGCCCUCGACUACAGGUUGCGCUGCUAGUACAACUGAUUUCUCAGCAUACGGAAGAGAUCCGACACAAGACCCGGCUCUUGGCUGCACGGAUUAACGAGGCGCGGCCGAGUAUGGAUCAGAGCCAUCCUGGAGCGUUCAUAAACAACAUAAUCGGCAAGGACAUUCGCGGGGAAGAGGAGGAUCUUCGGGAUGGGCUGGAUCUGAUUUCCGAGAGACUCAAGAUGCAUUGCCAGGUUCAAGACCAUCGGAGUCUUGAUCGGUGA